AUGACCAAGACCAGUUGGGAACUCUUAGACCCCAUUACGGUGCUUCCAGAUGGCGGCAUGCCAGCCAUGGAUGGGAUCGUUGCCUUUUUGGACCACCCCGAGAAUCCCACCAAGGUUGGCGUCCGUCUCACAGGUUCCAGCAUUGGGUUGGGGGACCAUUCGGGAAGUGUGGACGGGAUUGACUAUUUCGAGUGUCCGCUGAAUUCGGGCCUCUUUUGCACUCCGGAUCAGCUCGAAGUGCGGACCUUGUCUAGAAUCGAACAAUUGCGGUUGAAACGGGAAUUGGCCGCUGGACAAUUGGACAUGUCCAAAGGUGGGUCUAUGAUGAUGGCGGCAGCGGGGUAUGGGGAUUCCAAUAUAUCGUCCAAGCAAGUUAUACGGUCUAGUAUGAUUGGUCAUGGGGGCUUGCCACCCAGUAUUACCAAUCAUCAUCAGGCGAUUGUUCCACAACAAGAUCAACCACAGUCUAUUUCAUUGAAUGGAUUGUCACCCACGGCCUUGGCUCGGUUGCAACAAAUAAACCCAGGGUACAUGGAUCCAAAUGUUACACCAGUCUCCUCGUCUACUGCUCCUGCUGCUCCUGCUGCUGCUGCAGAUGAUCCACCACUGACAGUACCCGAAGAAGAUGACGAAGACGACGAAAUGUUGGUUUCCGAUCACGAAGACGAAGAAGGAGAAAACUAUGACGAUGCCGCAGAAGAAGAAUAUCUCCAAAUCAAUCGACAACACAUUAGUCGACUGCAACAACGCAAGGAGGAAAUCAAACAACGAAAAUUGGAAUUGCAAAAGGGAAAAGCAAGGGGAGACAAUUCGAAUGGGGAAUCAUCAAACAAUGAAGCUGCUCCUCCGCCAUUGACAGACGAAGGACAAACGGCUGCGGUUGUGACGCCUUCCAAACGGGGAGGAGGGGAAACUACUACCACUACUACUGCCACUACCACUACCACUAGUAAUGAUACUUCCAUGGAAGAGUCCUCAUCUUCCGAACCACCACUCUCCAGGUUGGAACAACUCAAGCUCAAAAAGCGACAAUUGGAAACGACACCCGCCACAGCUACAACGCCGACAUCAGCCACAACGACACAAUCAUCGACAGUCAAUAGCAUUGUCAGCAUGGCAGCGGCGGCAACGGCACAGGAACAAGCAGCUGCGCCUGGUGAAGAAGCGUCAGAACAAGUUCCGUGGCCAUUUCCGGCUACUUCGAGAGAGGUUCCACCGAAUACUACCACCAUUGUACCGGGGGCGGAAUCGCAACAAGCACAACCUGUACCUGUUCCGGCACUAGCAACAGCAACAGAAGAGCCUCUCAGUCGAUUGGAACUACUCAAAUUGAAGAAGCGGCAACUCGAAGAAGCAGGUCCUCCGGCAGCUCCUGCACCCAAGGCUCCAAAGACGACGACUCUGGAUUCAACAGCAAGAACAAGCCCACGGCCAGUAGCAGUGGCAGCAUCGCCCAUUUCGCCAACGCCGCCCACGGCAACUCUGAUUCUACCAGCGUCCAUGUCCAUGGAUCGUGGGGCACCACCACCAGUCAUCAAUCGUGGAGGCGUUCGUUCACAACCACCCAAACCAAAACCUGCGGAACUGUCGGUACAAAUCAUGAACUCAUCGACCAAGCGCUUCAAGGAAGUCCCAUUGAAAAUAUCCAACGAUAUCAAUUUGUACUCGGCCGUCUAUGACCAUCAAAGCGUCAAGCAAGCCAAUGUCCGAAAAUGGGGAACCUCCUUUGUCCAACAAGUCAAGGAAAAAAAGAGCGAAAUUCGGUGUCGGGUGUUGCUUCUGUCCAAUCCACCACCCGAAUUGGCCAACGAACCCAACAAGAGCAUGCCCAUGGAACUAUCCGUUGACCAGCUCAAGGUGACCACCACGGAGCUAUUGUGGAACCAGUACAAGGAUAACUUUCAUGCUGGACGUUCCAAGGUUCAAAUGCUCUUGCGGUGUCAACCCAUUAAUGGAAAUGGACAAGAGAAAGAGGAGGAGGAGGUACAGGACUCGAGCAAUAAGAAGCUUUUCACGGAUCAAGAAGAAGAAGAAGAAGGCGAACCAACCGCAGCCGAGGACAGUGCACCAGCACCCAAAGAAGAGGAACGUGAAAUACAAAUUCCAGCACAUUUUGAUAGGUCGAGUAUUACUAGCAUUGCGUCGCAGCUAGGGGAUGUCAAGCACCAAUUGAGAAUCAAAGUCAUCAAUGAACGGACCAGGUAUUUCAAGGAUCUCUUGGUCGAGACUUCUCCACAAAUCAAUUUGUACGAAGCCAUUUACAACAACCCGGCUGUCAAGGAAGCCAAGGUUCGCAAGUGGAAUUCGUCCAUUGUGGAACAAGUUCGAUCCGGGAUGGCAGAAAUUGUGUGUCAAAUUUGUACCAUUCCAAAUGGAAAGCCAGAACAUCUCGUCAAGCAUGGAGCGUUGACCAUUGAACAACUCAAGGAGUGUUCCACUACCGAACUUUACACAAGAUAUGCCAUGGAUCACUAUGAUCUGGAAAACGAUCAAUCGUUGAUUCAGCUGGUACUGAAAUGCCAGCAAACAAAGACACCUGUUGCGAGCAACCAAGCAUCCAAACCCAAACCACAAGGCCCACUUGUGACACCCACCAAAUUGGCCGAUUCACUUCCUCCCGUGACUCCACAAGCAGAAGCUUCUCGUGGAAACCCAGCCACUGAAACAGCACCAAUUGUGUCACAACAAACACAUCCUCGGACAUCACCAACGGAGGCGUCUCAGUCCAGCCUCAGUAGCAUGGAACGAAAGCCAACGAACAGUCCGUAUGCCAAGGCAGCUUCCGCAGCCCUUCCCAUGCACAAUACCCAAACCACAUUUUCCGACCUCCUCCGUCACGAACAACAGCAGCAGCAGGCAAUUCUAUCUCCCAACUCGGUGGUGAUGACACCUGAUCGAGAUCCAGAAUUGGGAUUGGGACGCAUUGCCGAGCCAAUUGAAACCAAGGUGGAUGCUGGCGUUCAGACGGCGAUCGAAAUGACAACACCUGUACGGGACAACAGGCACCCAUCUCCACAACAACGAAUGCAACAGCAACGGCCCAUGACCUUUGCGGAGAAGCUGCAAGAAGUGGAUCCCUACUGGUGGCUGGCAAUCAUUUUUAUUCUGGCGGCGGCGUUUUUUGCGGCCCUCUUUUUGGGUCCCAUCAGUUAA